AUGGAAAAGCUGCAAUCAAAAUUAGCAACAACAGAACUAGUAACCAAAUACAAAGAAGAAAGUAAGGAAGAAACGGGCAAAGCUAGAUCUAAUUGGCAAUAUUUGGAAGAAUUGAAUGAGUUAUUUGAUAAUAGGGAGAAUGUAAAGCCAGAUUACUUGGUAUUUAGCAUGUUACCCUUAAUGAUAAUAACAAACGUUUUAGAUGAAUUAAAUGCAUUUAAAGAGACCAAGAAAUUAGCGAUCGAAAUUGAGCGCGAAAAGUUGAAUUGGGAAAAGAAAAAUUCGAAAAAGAGCAGGAAUUUAGACUCAAAUUAG